AUGAUACAGCGACUCGAAGAUAUUCGGAUCCGCGCCGUGCAGCACUCGACGUUGGAGCCCAUCACCAUGCUUGCUGCCGAAAUCCCGUUGCCGCUCGUUUCCGCUUCGGAGCAAAUCGACCUUGGGGAUGGUUCCUCAGGGGUCGUUUACUCCCGGAUGGAGGCUAUUCCCCCGCAGGGAGGGCUUGGGUGGGAGCCCUGGGAUGGCACUGAGGAGCUGCCAGGUGGGGAGCAACUCGAAGAUGGCCAGGAUGCGUUCGCAAUCGAGGGCUCCUGGCUGGAGCUCCUCUACCUGGCGCCUGAUACCGAGCAUGCAUUUGAGUAUUUCGACCUAGCCAUCGCCAACGAAGAGGGUAUGGGUCUCGCUGCUACGCUACCACUCGAAGACAGCACCCUACCCUCCCACACGGGCGCUCCCGAGACUCUUCAAUCACUUACUGGCGAGGAAGGCUGGGCGGCAGAUGGAGAAGCCGCUCUUGGCACCUCGAGUGAGGCCGCCGUCCAAGACAGUCAUGUUCUUCUCUCCCCUUGGGCCGAAACAUUCCCUGGUAUGCUGGAGACAUACUUGGACUACCUAGACAGGAUGAGUCCCAGUCUGCGAUACCCUCUUGCCUCCCCCGAUUCGGUACCCUCCACAGACCUCGAGCUCACGCACGCUGCCGUCAACGACGCAAGCCCCCCAAUCUCGACAGAGUGCUUGCUUACACUCCAGGAUGGCAUCAAUAAGGCGUACCGAUGUCGCGGAGUCAUGAAAGACGGUCUUAAGAAAGCCCAGAGAGCGUCUAGAUGCACCCCUUCCCGCUAG